AGACCCCGGCUCUAUGGCGCAAGAGACUGGAAGGGCAACAUGCGCGAUGCGCAUGCGCUGUCGUUCUGCGUGGGCCCUGGUGGCACUGUGCGCAUGCGCAACCUCAAAGCGCUUCCUCAGGGACUGCAAGUCCCAGGCUGCCUCGCGAGCUUGGCUCCGCGCAAGCGUAGUUGGGCCCCGCCUCCCGCUGCCGCCCUGGGAACGUGGAGCCGCUCCUUCGCCGCCGCUUCAGGUCCGGUCCCGCCCGGAGGGCCCCGCGGGCAUUGUGGGAAUCCAGCUAGCCGCCCCCCCGACUAAACCUUCCCGCCGGGCGCCCCGCAGGCCCCGCCCUCUCCCGGCGGCCAUGGCGCUGGUGUCGGCCGACUCGCGCAUCGCGGAGCUGCUGGGGGAGCUGCACCAGCUCAUCAAGCAGACCCAGGAGGAGCGUUCCCGCAGCGAGCACAACCUGGUGAACAUCCAGAAGACCCACGAGCGGAUGCAAACGGAGAAUAAGAUCUCCCCCUAUUACCGCACCAAGCUGCGGGGGCUUUACACCACGGCCAAGGCGGAUGCAGAGGCUGAGUGCAACAUCCUGCGCAAGGCACUGGACAAGAUCGCCGAGAUCAAGUCCUUGCUGGAGGAGAGACGCAUUGCGGCGAAGAUCGCGGGACUCUACAACGACUCGGAGCCGCCACGUAAGACCAUGCGCCGGGGGGUCCUCAUGACCCUCCUCCAGCAAUCGGCCAUGACGCUGCCUCUCUGGAUUGGAAAGCCCGGCGAGAAGCCCCCACCUUUGUGCGGCGCCAUCCCAGCUGCCAGUGACUACGUAGCCAAGCCCGGGGACAAGGUGGCCGCCCGGGUCAAAGCUGUGGACGGGGAUGAGCAGUGGAUCCUGGCAGAGGUUGUUAGUUACAGCCACGCCACCAACAAGUAUGAGGUGGAUGACAUUGAUGAAGAAGGAAAGGAACGUCACACGCUGAGCCGACGACGCAUCAUCCCGCUGCCGCAGUGGAAGGCCAAUCCGGAGACGGACCCUGAGGCCCUAUUCCAGAAGGACCAGCUGGUGCUGGCGCUCUACCCCCAGACCACGUGCUUCUACCGUGCCCUGAUCCAUGGGCCCCCCACCCGGCCCCAGGAUGACUACUCAGUGCUGUUCGAAGACACAUCGUACGCGGACGGCUACUCCCCCCCGCUCAACGUGGCCCAGCGCUACGUGGUGACCUGCAAGGAGACCAAGAAGAAGUGACCCUGCCCCCCUCAAUUUCCCCCUCCCCCCUUCCCCAACUGCCCCACGGUGCCUCCCACUGCCCGCCCCCCCCCCCAGCAGAGGCAGGCUCAGCGAGGAACCCAGGCGUCCGGCUCAGGAAGACCGCUCCCCUCACAGGUCUUCACCACCACAACGUUCCGGGCUCUGCGGCCCUGCUCCCAACCUGCUGGGUCUGAUCCUUGCAAGGGAGGUGGGGCUGUGUAAGGGUGGGCCUGGGAUUUCUGUACUACAGUCAUGUACUCCAGUCAUGUAACGAGCCAGGUAAUUAACUGAUUUAUUAGUCAAUUAAAGGGGUUUUUGGCACCACA